AAUGGUGUAGACUGUGAAGUGUGAUACUCUUUUUGGCAAAACAUGUUAAUCCUCCUGGAUUUAUUGUCUGGGGAAAAAUUUACACAUUUUAAAGCUAAAAUAAAAUAGGCAUUGACAAUUUCAAUUUUUUUUUUUCCAUAAAAAAACAAAAACAUAAUUGAUUAUAUCGUAAAUAUGAAUGUAUUUUUGUUUUUUAUGGACUGGUUUUGGGCUGCCUUUGGGCUGUAAAACCGCAGCACAGAUCUGGCAACCCUGUCAUUUCACGGAUAAUUUACAGCGUCUCAAUCCGCUCCCGUUUCUUUGCGCUUCUCCAGCAGGCGCUAUGUCUGAGUGCUACCGCUAGCACGAUAUUCAUAGCAUUUAGUCCGGUUACGCUUUCUGACUGAUUUGUCUCUGGAUUAUGUUAAACUUCGAGAUGAGAUUUCCCGCCGGGAACAUGUCCCUGAUCGCGUCCUCUGUGGUGCUGCUCGCCGUGGUCCUGUGCUCCUCUCCGGUGAGUGGAAAUGAAGACUGCCUGUGGUACGUGGAUAAAAAUGGCACAUGGCACAAUGGCUUUGACUGCCCUCUGAUCACCUUUUGUUGUGGCAACUGUCACCGCCGCUACUGCUGCCUGGACGCCUUCAAAAUGAUCACAGAACGUGAACAAAAAAGAUGUAUGCUCUUUCAAUUCAGUGGUUCAGAAUAUUCAGAGAGUAACUGGUCGUCAAACUUUUAACAUCAAGUACCACCAAACAAAAUAUAUGACCUCUCAAGUACCACCAGAUCCAAACCAGGUCUACAAAAUUGCUCUAAAAUUAUUUCCAGGUUUAAACUAGGACUGAACCACACCGGGUCUACGCUGAAACUGUUGAACUAAUGCAAGAAAUGCAGAUAGAUAUUAAGGUACUGACAUUACUUAAACCUCUGUGAUUUAUAUUGUGUUUUCUAUUCUACUGCGACUAUGGCGCUAAGUUAAAUCCACUUGUUACUUCUUGGAGAUGCAUAGACUGAACAAACUGAUCAGAUAAUGCCCAAACCUACCUAUAAGGGAUUUAUACAGAAAUACUAGUGUAUAAAUAUAAUCACAUCUGAAAGUGGAGAAUGGGGAGCUGCAGUUGUAAGAAGUUUUUAAAAAUCUUUAUUUGAAGGUGAAAGACACUGGCUUAUUAUUCAAAAGACCUUCUUGUGAUCGCUAAGAAUAAAAGCAUUUAAAGUAUUGGUAACCUCCACUUGUUUUUCUGAAGAUGUGAUCUUUUACUGUUGUUUGUGUAUCCUAUAACUGUGGUGUAAUUUGCGGUCUCUUAGCCUUGUCUCCCUUCAAAAAAGGAGUUUUAUAAUCUCAAUAGAAUUCUCCAGGUUAAAUAAAACAUAUCAAUGAACUGUCAUCUUCACCACAGUAUUAUAGACUUCUCCCAGUGGCUGUGUUUGUUUUUUUUCUGUGCUGCCUGUUGUGCUAUAUUUUCUCAUUAGAGUUUAAUGGUGUGAGCUCUGUGUGUUUUAAAGGUGGUUUAAACCCAAGUCCCAUGAGAGAAGUGGGGCAAAAUGCCAAAUUGCAGGGUACACACACACAUGCACACGCACACACACACGCAGCAACGUGGCAAUUCUCCCUGAAAACAUUCACCAGUGUCCAGCAGAACUCACACAGUGUGCAGUGUAUUAACACAGAUAGGUUCAAGUCUGUGGGCAACUCAGGAGGAUGUGGACUGUUUUCUUGUUUUUUCUGAGCUUGUGCUGUCUAAAGUUGGGUCUAUGAUACACAAUGCAUGGCUUAUGAAACAAUAUUAUAUAUGGCAAUACUCAACAACCCAAUACAUUUUGACAACAAUAUUUCUUUGUUAAACCACUACUUGUCAAAGUUGCAUCUAUUUUAAUCAUCAAACUGAGAAUAUGUAAAGUAUAUUGCAUAAAAAAGUUUGCACUAAGUAAGCAACAAAAUUGUAAAAAAAAAAAAAAAAAAAUUGCUCAAAAACACCAAAGAAAAUACUCAUGGUGAUAUAUAUCGAUACAGCAUUUUACAGAUAGUAUAAUUUCACUUCUUGUUUUCUUUUUUUAUUUUAAUUGUUUGUUUAAGUGUGGAGAAUAUACAUGGAGAAAGAAGUUUGAAGUAUUUUAUAAACCCUUAAAAUUACAAUAUUAUGUACAAUUUUAUAGUCCUGUUUUCGUGUCUUUUUUAC